AUGAAAUUCAAUAGGGUACUUUUAACAAAAUGGGAAGAGAAUGAUACGCCAAGAGGUGAACAUAAGAGACAUUUUCCUCACUGUCCAUUUAUAAUGAAUGAACCUGUAGGAAAUGUUUCACUUGAACAUGGAGAAAUAAUCUCAAGAAUAUCAGAAUUAGCCUUAUAUGAUGAUAGUAAUGAUAAUAGAUUUGUAUUUAAAUCAUUUUUAUUGGAUGUAAUUGAUGAUUUUCCUAAUAUUAUUCCAAGACAUAUGCCAGGAUCUUAUGCAGAAUGUGAGGGACCCAAUAAUGAUAAUAAUGAUGAUAAUGAUGAUGAUGAUGAUGAUAUGUUAGGAGGAGGUGACAUGUUAGAAUUAUUUAAAUAUACUUUACCCUAUCGAAAUGACUAUCACAAGUAUAAGAGUAGACUUAAAAGUUUUAGAGGGUGGCCUAACACUCUUAAACAAAGAGCAGAACAACUAGCUGAAGCAGGAUUUUUCUAUCGUAAUUUAAGUGAUCAUGUACAAUGUUUUUAUUGUGGAGGUGGAUUACGUAACUGGGAAGCUGAAGAUAUCCCUUGGAAUGAACAUGCACGAUGGUAUCCUAAAUGUAAUUUUGUAUUAGUAAAUAAAGGAAUAGAGUUUAUAAAAAGGAUUAAACAAGAAAAACCUCCAUAUAUUCACAGUUAUCCCACUGUUAAUAUUAUAGUUAAAUCUAGAUUAACAGAGAAUGAUUUGAAUGCUUUGAUGAAAUUAGAUAUUAUAAAGUCUGCAGUUGCAAUGAAUUAUUCCCCAGACAAAGUAAAAAAAGUGCUUAAAAAAAAGCUUGUAAAAACUGGAUUACCCUUUUUUAAUAUUGAAAAUUGCAUUUCAGAAAUUGUUAACUUAUCAUACAUAGAUAAAUUUCCUAACUGUGAUGGAUCAAUUUUAAACCAAAAAAAUAUUAAUAAUGAAUUAUUAUUAUCAUCAUUAGAAACUAAUUAUGAUAUGAAUAUUUGUAAAAUUUGUAUGGAUAAUUUAAUAGAAUUGGUUUUUUUACCAUGCUCACAUAUGGUUGCAUGUAUGAAUUGUUCUAAACAGUUAAAAAAUUGUCCAAUUUGUAGAAAUGUUAUAAGAUAUACAAUAAAACCAAUAAAAUCUUAAUAUUAUUUAUAUUUUUUAUUUCCUUUCUUUAAGUUUUUUUUUUAGUGCAGUGGUGUUAUUAUUUUUUAAAAUAAUGAAUAUAAAUAUCAAUUUUUUCUUUUUACUAAAU